AUGGAGCUAUCCAGCCUGCUCAACCUCUGCUUUUCCAGCACCUUCUCCCUGCCUCCAGCAGAGACCAACCAGGGCGUGGAGGCUGCUCUAUACAACAACACUCUGAACACCAUGGAUGAGCUGCUGAAGGCCUUGGUGUGUGAGGAUGAGAAGCCGAACCUUGUGGUGCUGCAAAACAUCGUGGAGGUCCUGCUCCCCUGGACCGCAUCCAAGGAGGUGCAUGUGCGGCUGAGGGCAGUGGGAAGAAUCACCUGGCUGACCAAAUUCAUCUCCGGUCAACACCAAUUCAAGGGACUGGAGGAGUUCAGAGUCCUGGGCCAGCUGGUGGGCUGUCUCACUCUGCUCUGUGCUGAGCAGGAGCAGGAGAUCUGCCGAUCGGCUAUGGAGGGACUUCACCACCUCUACGCCUUCCUGCUGUGGCAAAAACGCACCACGCUGGCAAAGCAGAGUGCAGAGUAUCUGCAGGUCUUCAGGGAGUGGCGAGCGGAGAACACCUUCUGGGUCACCUGGUUCACCAACACCAGCAAUAUCGCCAUGAUGCACUGGGUCUCAUCCAAACCUGAUCCCAGCUCCUUGUCAGGUGUGGUGGGAGCUUCCCCAGAGAUUAAUGCUCUCCAAGGCAUCAUUGCGUCCACGCACCAGUGCCAGCCCCUGCUGAGCACUAGAGAGUGUAUCCGUGCUGUGCAGUAUUGUGCCCCCGUGCACUGCCACGCCGGCCUCUGCCAUGUACGACAGCUCCUGAUUGCUGCUUGGGUACUGUGCAUCCCAGGUGCAGUAACCCAGCCCUGUCCCGGCAGAGCGGGCUUUGCCUGCACUCCUGGCUGGGCCAGUCCUGGCUGCUCGGUCCGACUGGAACCGCACUGGGCAGCAAAAGGGGUUUCACUGGCAGGUUUCUUUCAGAUGUUUGGGAAGUACUUCAACCCCUCCGAGCGCAUGGACUUCCUCCUCACGGCUAUCGAGGGCAUGAGAGACACCAGCGUCCAUGACUCGGUGGCGGCCAGGCACAUGCUGCAUGUGAUCCUGUGGGUCCCCAGCCCAAGCUUGGAGAGGGUGUCGGAGGCUGUGACCAGCAUCUACCACAACCUGGACUCCAUCAGCGAGCCGCUGGCCCAGCAGCAGCUGCUCAAGGCCCUUGUCGUGCUGGGCCACCAGUACAGCGAGGAGGUGGUCACAACCCUGCUGGGCUGCUCGCUGUCAUGUGACAGCGUUGCUGUGGAGAUGUGGAGGGUGCUGACAUCCCACCCCAAGACCGCAGGAAAGGUCCUACGGGAGCUGCUCAACAGGCUGCAGGAGCGACCGCUGCACCCUCAUCACGACGUCUCUCAGCAAGAGGCUGGCGUCGCCCCCUUGGCCAUAGGGAAACUCCAGCGCCAACUCCCAGUCGUCGUGGAGCGGCUACACGAGGCAGACAGGGACGUCAUCUCCAAUGCCAUCACGGUGCUGAGAGACAUCCUCGCUGGCAUGGACAGGCAGAGCGCCAGCCCCGUGGCUGUGCAAGUGGCUGAGAAACUCCUGCCUUUCUUUCAUGAUGAGUCCAGCAAACUCCGGGUGCUCUCCAUCGCCCUCUUUAAACACCUGCUGGAGCUUGUAAGGGGGCCCAGCAGGAGGAAGAUGAAGGAGCACGUCCUCCGGAGCCUGGUCCCGCUGCUCCUCCUCCUGCAUGAUGAGCGUCCCAAUGUGUCCCAGGUGUGUUGGGACACCCUCAGGAGUGCUCUGGAAUUCCUAAGGUGGAGCCAGCUCAGUGCUCUCGUCCAGAAGAAGGAGCUUUGGCGAGGCUGUGACUGCCUGGUGGCAUGCUACAAGGGGAGGGCAGAAACCUUCCUCUGCCAGGCCAUGGCCUUUCUGGAAGACCCACAGGAUCCCAUUAGAGAAGCGGCCAUCAGGUUUCUAGGCCUCACUGCCCGGCAGCUGGACCAGCAGAGCCAGGAGAAGUUGGAGGCCAUCUGCAACGUCCUCAAAGGCUUGCAGCAGGACAGCAAGUCCUCUGUCAGGUGCCUGGCUUUGCAGACAAUGCUCAUCCUCAAUGCCUGCAAGAAACAUCGUCCAGCCCGCACCAGCCUACGGACACUCUUGCACAGGAUGAGACUGAUGCAUACAAGGGAGAACCCAGUCAUUGAAGCUGCCCAGCUGCCUGAGUAAAAGCCAGCCUCCCUACUCUGGGGGUUUGGUGCACCAGAGCCCGCCUGGAGCAGGGUGGAACACAUCGUGCCGGACCAUGGCCUUCUCCCCAUUGGCCGCCUGCCCUGCCCAGCCACGUGAGUAGUUAACCGCUCAAUAGCUUUUAUCACCAUGUACUUUUUGACAGGUUUCCAUGCCCCGUGUAGAGUUUACGUCCCGCCCUCCGUCCCCGUUUCCGGUCGUGUACAUUUUUGGCACCAUCGGCCCUUCUGAACAUUUAUUUUGUAUUAUUUUUCUGUGUUUGGCCGGGGGAAGGUUGCGUGCUUGUGCUACAGUCAGGCAGGCAGAGCAGCAGAAGGUCCAUUUGCCUGGCCCUUGAUCAGGGCGGGGCAGCGAUCAAGUAGGCUGCCACUCCUGACGGUGGGGUGGCGGGGAUAGGGGAACCCAGGCCCUCCCGCUCCACUGCGUCCCCGCCCAGGGCCCUAACAGCGUGCUGUGUUUUGACAUAUUUAGAGAAAAAGUAUGAACGAGUAGAAAGAGAGGCUGUAGGGGGUUCGCGGCUCCCUCCCCAUCCGUCUGGGCGGGAGACCACGCCCCUCGCUACGAUACUUCCGGGGUACCUUGGUUCAGGGGAAAUAGCUCAGUGUUCAUGGUUCUGGCCUGCAGUCAGGCCGACCAACGGUAGAGAGUCUGUUUGCCCGGGGCCCUCAUUCAGGACAGGGCUGCUGUCGAGUAGGGGCUCUGGCCUACAGUCAGGCAGGCAGAGCAGCAGAAGGUCCAUUUGCCUGGCCCUUCAUCAGGGCGGGGCAGCAAUCAAGUAGGGGGGCUCUGGCCUACAGUCCGGCAGAGCCGUCGCAGCCUGGGGGAGGUUAGCUCUCUGGUGGGAGAGUCAGCACAACCGUCUGGCGUCCUGAUUCAGGCGGGUGCCAGACCAAUCAGGCCUCCUGACAACCAAGUGGGGAGGCUGCUACUCCUGACGGUGGGGUGGCGGUGGUAGGGGAACCCAGGCCCUCUCGCUCCACUGCGUCCCAGCCCAGGGCCCUAACAGCCGUGGAGCGGUCCGCCACUGCGUCAGUGGGGAAAAUCCGACAGCAACACGCUGGCCGGCUUGUAGUCAAUAACACAGCUGAACCCAAUUCGGCUGCCCUGGGCUCCUUGCUACACGCCCAUUCCGUGUGUACAUGGGUUCAGGGGUGGCAGGUUUGUAGAAAUUUUGGUGGUGCCCAGAAC